UUACUGAGGUACUUUUCGUAGAACGCCUUGUCAAAACGUUGUUUGAAGUUGUAUCAGCCAUAUUUGUUUCCACGAUGGCAAAUGCGGCUGGGAAAAAUGAUAAUUUCAGAAGAACAUGGGACAGAGAUGAGUACGAAAAGAAAGCUAAAGAGCGAGAACAAGAAUUAGAGGACGACGAAGAUGAAUUGAGUUCAAAGGAGAGACCAUCCGUUCCAGUGAAAAGAGAGCUAUUGAAGAGAAGAGAAUAUGAUGUCGACCUCGAAGCAAACCUCGGGAAAUCAGUGGUUAUAACCAAAACGACACCACUCUCCCAUACUGGAGGGUAUUACUGUAACGUGUGUGACUGUGUAGUAAAAGAUUCAGUGAACUUUUUGGAUCAUAUUAAUGGAAAAAAACAUCAGCGAAAUUUGGGUAUGUCUAUGAAAGUGGAGAGGUCUUCUCUGGACCAAGUGAAGCGACGGUUCGAGGUGAACAAAAGGAAAAGAGAAGAAGAAAAGCAGAAGAAAGAUAAAGAAUAUGAUUUGGAAGAGAGGAUGGCUGUUUUGCGUGAAGAGGAAGAACUUAGGAAACAACAGAGAAAGGUUGCCCGCAGAGAGAAGAAACAAAGGACAGGAACAGUGGAUGAUGGAGAAAUUGAUCCUAAUCUGGCAGCCACCAUGGGUUUUGCAGGCUUUGGGUCAAGCAAGAAAUGAUAUUAUUAACUUGUGACAGUUUUAUUAAGUUAAGUCUUUUUUCAGUAAAAUAGUGAGUGGAAGAAGCUAGUCAGUAUAGAAAAUGUGGGUAAGAUUCUGAGGAAAAAAAGAAUCUUUUUUCUUACUAUUCAAGAUUGUCCCAGUCCCAACAAGAUGAAAUCUUAAUUCAACUUAAAAUCUAUUUGCAAAGAAACCAAAGACAGUGGGCACAAAUUGUUGUUUGAUUGGAAUCUUUUUAUAACAUAUAGUUGCCAGAAAUGAGUCAUUGUUCUUGUUUCCUCAAAGCAAUCAUUUUAUCAACUUGCUCAGACCUGAAAAUUGAAUGAUAACUAGGUCCACUAAGGUCUUGUGUCUUUGCAAUAAUUAGGUAAUUAGGUUUAUUUGGUGUGCUUCACCUGAUUUUCAUAUGUUGUUACUGUAAAUAGUUUCCAUGGUUUCAGUUUCACCAAACUCAAGUUCUUAUUUCAAUUUAUUACUGUAAGCUAAUUUUCAUGUAUUAGAACCCAAAAUGGUAGGGGAAUUUCUUCUUUUCUACUUGCUCUGCCAUAUGAAACUCUUUAGCCAUACUAUGUUUAAAUAGCCAUGAUUAUAUUCCUGCUGUUAGAGAUAAAAUCAAAAUACUGAACUUGUGGAAAUUAAAUCAUUUUUUUUAAAACAGAAACAGUAUUUUUCUAGGGAAGGGGUGGUUUGCCUUAUGUUUUCAGGAAAAGACUUUUGUGCUUAGAUUUUCUGUAUUGCAAGGGACCAGUGGGUGCAACUGCUUUUCUUUGCUGUUGCAAAUGUAUUUUGUUUUACCUAGUUAGGACCCUGUUUGCAUGGUAAAUGAACACAGAUUCCCAAUAUGUGGGUAUUAAACUUACAGUCACCUGUUCCAUUGUGAAGAGAAAACAUUAUAACUAGUCAUAAAGAUGGCAACACUUAUAAAUAAUAAAGCCCACCUGAAAUAAAUGAAUGCCAAUGUUCACCUGACAA